GAAGCUUCUCAUGCCUGAGUGACAGGCACCACUUGUGACUUUGGCUGCCCUAUAAGGGCACAUCAGCGUUGGGGCUCUGGUGUUUCACUUGCCACCUCCCUGGAGCCCCCCCAGCCCCCUCAACGUAGUGAACGUAUCUUCUGGAACCUUCUGAAUGGGACCUUCCAGAACAACCUCCCCCCAAGUAUAAAAAGGCACCGGCGUGUCACAGGGGUCUGGAUAGCGUUUGAAGCUACUCGCUCGAGUACACCAAACGGAAGGCCGGGCGAGACUUGGAGCUCCUCACCAAAUCUAAACAGUUGAGGCCCAUCUUCAAGAAGACAGAUCAUAGUCAAGAUGCCCGAGAACGCCGGCCACGCUAUGGAAGAGGAAAUGGAGACCUUUGCUUUUCAGGCUGAGAUCGCUCAGUUGAUGUCCCUCAUCAUCAACACCUUCUAUUCCAACAAAGAGAUCUUCCUCAGGGAGCUCAUCUCCAACUCCUCCGACGCUUUGGACAAAAUCCGAUACGAGAGCUUGACUGAUCCGAGCAGACUGGACUCCUGCAAGGAGCUGAAGAUCGAAAUCAGGCCCGACCUGCACGCCCGCACCCUCACCCUCGUCGACACGGGCAUCGGCAUGACCAAGGCAGACCUGAUCAACAAUCUGGGCACCAUCGCCAAGUCGGGCACCAAGGCCUUCAUGGAGGCCCUGCAGGCCGGAGCCGACAUCUCCAUGAUCGGUCAGUUCGGUGUGGGUUUCUACUCGGCCUACCUGGUAGCUGAGAAGGUGACAGUGAUCACCAAGCACAACGAUGACGAGCAGUACGUGUGGGAGUCCGCGGCCGGAGGAUCCUUCACAGUCAAACCCGACACUGGAGAGUCCAUUGGCAGGGGUACCAAAGUCAUCCUCCAUCUCAAAGAAGACCAGACAGAAUACUGCGAAGAGAAGCGCGUCAAGGAAGUUGUGAAGAAGCACUCCCAGUUCAUUGGCUAUCCCAUCACACUUUACGUGGAGAAGACCAGGGAGAAAGAAGUGGACCUCGAGGGACCAGGGGACAAGGAGGAGGAAGCAGAGAAAGAGGCCGCAGAGGACAAGGACAAACCCCAGAUUGAAGACGUCGGCUCAGACGAGGAUGAGGAUACCAAGGAGGGCAAGAACAAGAGGAAGAAGAAGGUCAAGGAAAAGUACAUCGACGCUCAGGAGCUCAACAAGACCAAGCCCAUCUGGACCCGGAAUCCAGACGACAUCACCAACGAAGAGUACGGAGAGUUCUACAAGAGUCUCACCAACGACUGGGAGGACCAUCUGGCCGUCAAGCAUUUCUCCGUGGAGGGCCAGCUGGAGUUCAGAGCGCUGCUGUUUGUCCCCAGAAGGGCUGCCUUCGACCUCUUUGAGAACAAGAAGAAGAGAAACAACAUCAAGCUGUACGUGCGCAGGGUCUUCAUCAUGGACAACUGUGAGGAGCUGAUUCCAGAGUACCUCAAUUUCAUCAAGGGUGUGGUGGACUCUGAGGAUCUGCCCCUCAACAUCUCCAGAGAGAUGCUGCAGCAGAGCAAGAUCCUAAAGGUGAUCCGCAAGAACCUGGUCAAGAAGUGCCUGGAACUCUUCACAGAGCUUGCAGAGGACAAGGACAACUACAAGAAGUGCUACGAGCAGUUCUCCAAGAACAUCAAGCUCGGCAUCCAUGAGGAUUCCCAGAACAGGAAGAAACUGUCAGAGUUGCUGAGGUACUACACCUCUUCCUCUGGAGAUGAGAUGGUGUCCCUGAAGGACUAUGUUUCACGCAUGAAGGACAACCAGAAACACAUCUACUACAUCACAGGUGAGACCAAGGACCAGGUGGCCAACUCGGCCUUCGUGGAGCGCCUCCGCAAGGCCGGCCUGGAGGUCAUCUACAUGAUCGAGCCCAUUGACGAGUACUGCGUCCAGCAGCUGAAGGAGUAUGACGGCAAGAACCUGGUGUCUGUUACCAAGGAAGGCCUGGAGCUGCCCGAGGAUGAGGACGAGAAGAAGAAGCAGGAAGAACUCAAAACCAAGUUUGAAAACCUUUGCAAGAUCAUGAAGGACAUCCUCGACAAGAAGAUUGAAAAGGUCACCGUCUCCAACCGUCUCGUCUCCUCGCCGUGCUGCAUCGUCACCAGCACCUACGGCUGGACGGCCAACAUGGAGAGGAUCAUGAAAUCCCAGGCCUUGAGGGACAACUCCACCAUGGGCUACAUGACGGCCAAGAAGCACCUGGAGAUCAACCCCGCACAUCCCAUCGUGGAGACCUUGAGGGUGAAGGCCGAGGCGGACAAGAACGACAAGGCGGUGAAGGACCUUGUCAUCCUCUUGUUUGAGACGGCGCUGCUGUCUUCAGGGUUCACACUGGAGGACCCGCAGACACACGCCAACCGCAUCUACAGAAUGAUCAAGCUUGGCCUUGGCAUCGAUGAAGACGACUCCACAGUCGAGGACCUCACUCAGCCUGCUGAAGAAGACAUGCCAGUUCUGGAGGGAGAUGACGACGCCUCAAGAAUGGAAGAAGUGGACUAAUCCUGCUUUCGUGAAGCAUUUUUUUGUAACUUAUUUAGCUUGCCACCCCCCAAAAAAGCCAUGAGACAUCAAAAGAAGAAACUAGCACAGUUUUUAUGUCAUCUAUUGUUACCCAAUCUCAGCUGCUUUUGUAAAACUACACUCAGAAAUAUAAAUACGGUAUUUUUGACACAGUUGUAUUGUUUUUAAAGUUUUUUUUUUAUUUUAGCAAACAAAGUACAAUAAUGGCACAAAUUGAAGGAUGCCACUUUGAUAUUACUCACCUUUUUGUUUACUAAACAUGCAAAAACCAGUCCAAUGUAUGUCAACAUAUGCUAAGCCAGGGUGUGGUGAAAUGAAAGUGAAACACAUAAUGCGGGGUUUAGUGCUCACCAUAGCCUGGCGUUCACUGGAAGUACAGUAUAGGCUCUCUUUUUGUAACAUUUUU